GCAGCCACCGUCUACGGCCCAUCCAUCCAUCAUCACAGACACAAAUUUCUCCCUCUCUCUUGGUGUGGUUCAGUCCGUCCGUCACCGGACGAUGGCCAGCAGCCGCAGCUCAACAAAAGCCGGUCUGUCGUAAAAGUACAUGCCCGGCGGCAACACAAUGCGACGCACCUCACCCACACUACACACAUAAUCACACAGACAGACGAACAAAGAAAGAGAUGGAGUGAGUGUGUGCAUCUCUGCCUCCCUCCUUCCCUCCCUCUCCUUACCGCAUGUGUGUCAUGGCUUCCCUCUCCCACUCAGCCGACAGCUCAGACACGCGGAUCUCAUCCCCACGGUCCUCCCCUCUGUUCGGGCUGCACAAGAGUCACUGAAUGCAUUCACUCACCCCACCCCACCCACCGAACCGAUUGACAGCUCCUUGCUUACCUCACCUGUCAAAUGCGUCCAGCCAUUCUAUCUGGUCGAACUUGACCGUGGAAUCAAGGUUCGGUGAGGGCCCCGAGCCCUCGGUGACUAUGCGGUAGCUCACACCAGAGGGCAGCGACGCGAAAGGCUCACUCUCACCAGCCGAAGUCGACAUCAAUAUCUCUGACGUGCGUCUGUUGGAAUGAAUGAAUGGAUGACGGACAUUCACUGGAUGAGGUUUGUUAUCAGCGUGGCAGCUCACCUUUGAAGUGGAUGGUGUCCUUGUUUUGUUGCCUGAACGCGACAGACAGACAGACAGCAGCAGACAUGUACAGACAGAAAGGCCAGCGCAUUCAUUUAGGUCAGUGAUGAGCGCAUCACUCAGUGCGUCAGUGACUGUUGGGCCUCCCUUACCUCCGAUGUCUGUCAGCUCAACGCCCCCGCCACCCCACCGCAGCAGUCGAGAGGACGACUGACUCGAGGGACUCUUCUCGCCCUCUUGUCGGCCGAGUGCCUCACUCUCGCAACGCAAGGCGCACAAACAAAACGCCGCACUUCGGCCUCUCGUGGGGCUAUAGGGUAACAAACCCCUUGACCCCUCGUCAAACCCUGUAGCCAACGGCCCUUUCACACCCUUUGGCCCUCCGGCUCUUUCGGUUUUUGAGAUUGGCUGUGUCCUCCUUCCCUUCCCUUCCCUUUGUUGUGUGGUCGGCCCAGCCCACACACGUGUCAGGCGGGGCGGCUGCUGGCGGCACUGACACGUCAGUCAGGUCAGUGAGUGUGUGAGGCGCCUCGAGCAU